AGAAGGAACUAUGGGAUAUGUUGUCAAAUGGCGCUCUCUUCGAAGAGAAACGAGAUGUAAGCACACAUUUUAUGCUUUGGUUUUAGCUUUUAUUCACUUACAGAAUUAUUUUAAGGAAUACUUAUAUACUACAAACUACAAACAAGAGAAAUCAUCGAUUUUAACCACGACCUUUAUAAACAGAGGCGAAUGUUUCCCCGACUAACCGCGACACGGAAAACAUGUCAGCACAUGCAGAGUAGUGUCCGAUUUACUUUGGGAUUUAAAACUCUUCACGUUGAAGCACGACUUGUUGUUUGUAUGAAAUCGAAUGGGUUUUGUUUUUGGUCGAAGCUGUGAUUAUUUUCGGCACGAUUGACAUGAGCAAUGUGAAACAUGAAGCUCAAGGUCGUUGAAAGAGGUCAACGUACAAGAUGAGUACAGACCGUAGCCCGCUCAACACUGGGCUUAGUAUGAUGAACUUUGAUGGCCUUGACCUUCAGAGUCAGCAGGAAAAAGAACUACAACGAGAAAACGAACAGCAACAAAAUGAGUUGAAGGCAUUGCUAAAGGACGCUUUUGACGAUUUAAUCGAUGAGGACGAUGAGUUUUCCGUGACAUCAGAUGAAGGAGGAGACUCGCGGAAUCACAGCCUCCAUUUCAAAUCUAAGGAUGAAACGGAGCCCAUAGUGGAGGAAGAUGAAGAACCGUCUGGACUUUUGUUUGCCAGGAACCGACGAACGUACCCCCUCCCCACCUCCACACCCCUCGGAGGUCUCCCCACCAUCGCUCAGAGUCCCUACGGCUCGAUGUCUUCACUGAGACAAUCUCAGGACAGCCUCAGAGCAUCUCAAGAGCAACUGAGAUCAUCUCAGGAAGGAGUUUUGAGACGGUCCCAAGAAGGUCUGUUAGAAAGUGAUGGAUACCAUAGUAACAGUGAACAGAGCAGCACCAAGUCAUCCAAUCACCAUCAUCGUCCCCAACACCAUCGUCAUCAGUUCCACCAGGUACCGGAUUGGACCGGUCAGGACGUGUUCUCGCACCAUGGUCAGCCGAUCGUCUAUGAUCCCACUCAUCACGGUAAUCAGUACCUACCGCAUCACGCAAACCACGAGGAUCCGCAUUACAGAUACGGGGAGUUUCCCGAGCGGCAGGAAGCUGAGGGCGGGGCGGACGAACCUCCAACAGACAUCAGACAUUUACCCGGACAUUAUCAUUAUCAACAUCUUCAUCAUUACACUGGGUACUACAGAGACCUGCCUGAAGAAGAGGAUCAUCCAAGGGCAGACAACCCAUACAUGCCAUACACGCAACCACCACAUUCUCAAGCAUACCCACACAGUUUACAAUCAGACCAAGGCUAUGUUACAAACGCUACCUCAGUUUCACAUGGGCAUCCUGUUCACCCUACCCCAAUCUCAACAGGACAUCCUGUUCAUUCCUCACAAGAAUAUCCAGUUCAUGAUGCUCCGGAGAAGGAUUUCAGGGGAGAUUACCAAGUCACGUAUAAACGCAGGGAUGACCAUGAAGAAAGUGAGAGCGAAGAGGAAGUGCCAGAGGUCAAAGAGAAACGCCCAAAACUGGAGGAGGGGCAUGAGAGCACAGGAUCAGUUGGUGCUUUCGACAACAGACAGCUCGCUCAGCUUCAGAUCUUGUACAAAGCCCGAGGAAGCAAACUGGAGGAGAUGACGAGGGACUUUGAGCAUUACAAACAGGAAACAAGUCGGGAAAUACGCAUCCUGAAACACCAGAUCUCACUGACUAAAGGUGAGAAAGAGGGGACGACCACCAGCUUACAACAGUCUCAGGAUCUUCUGAUUGAGGCGAAGACGGCAAACGCUCAGCUGAGGGGGAAACUACAGGCCACUGAGAAUCAGGUGGAGGCCCUACACAAGGGGAAGGAGGAGGCUGUAAAAAGUCUACAGACAGCCGAGUCCACCAUAGAAACUCUGAACCAACAGCUUGCUGAGAUGGGGGCCUCAGAUAGUCUCAGUCGUGCUCGAGUUGAGCAUGAACGAGUUCUGGCAGGCGUCCAACAGAGACAUGACAAAGAGGUCAAAGUUCUCAAAGAAAAGAUUGAGGAUCUGACCGGGAAGUUGAAUGAUUCGAAUGCUGAAAACACCACACUGAGACAGAAGCUCAAUGAGAGUUAUAAAGAAGCGGAGAAUUCUCAGAUCUCGCGAGCCGACACCAUUAAUCGUCUCACUCGCAGUCUUGAAGAUUCCCAGAAACAAUGUCGCAUGCUGCUGGAGUCAGCAUCGUCGCAUGAAGCGAGCCAGUUGAAGGUUCAACUAAAACAGUGCACUUCAUCCAAGAAAAUAGCUGACGAUAUGAUUCUGUCUUACCAGGAUGAAAUUAAAGAGUUAAAGGAGCAGCUGAACAUGUUUGAGGCUGCGUCCUGUCUGGGCGUGCUCAGUCAGGAAACGACACGGGACACCAUCCACGACGAUUCCAUGAUGGACCUGGGAAUCAAGAGGACUAUCGACUUCGAUGAGACGCUGGAACCUGUGAAAUUUAGCUCGGGGCAGAAGGGAGCUGAGUCACAUGACCUGGUGGCAAAUCUAAAAAUAGAACUGGAACGAUGUCUCCUCAGCAACAAGGAAAAGAGAAUCCAAGUGAACAAAUUGCAAGAGGAACUUCGAACCUGCAAGAAAGAUCUAGAAGAGUUCCGAAUGCGUUGUGAAAGAGCUGAAAAGUCAGAAUCUGAUUUGAAGUCCAAACUUCAGGAGUGGGAGGAGCUAGUGAGAUCAGAUGACAAGGUGUCAGCUGUUGAGGCCCGCCUACAGAAGGACAUCAAAAACCUCAAACGGGAAAAAGAGAUCCUCAGUGAGGAUAUAGAGGAUUUGAAAAAGAGACUGGAAGAGGUGGCCUUUAGUGAAGAGAAACUAUCUGAGAUUAACCAGCAGCUGACUCAGCAGAUGUCUCAGAUGGUGCGGGAAUACGACCAGGACAAGCGAGAGGCGCUCGAUCGCUGUCAGCGAGCCUGCAAGUCCGUUCACGAGACGGCUAAAGAGCAGCUGACGCUUCACUUGACCGAGGAGUACACAGCUGACAAAGCCAGUCUCAUCACCAAGUACGAGCGCGAGUGCACUCAGUUAAGAAAUGAACUGAAUUCAGCCAUGCGUGAAGUUGACCAAGUCAAAGAGCUGUAUGUGAAGGUGUGUUCAGACAAAGAUGUUCUAGAGGAGAAGCUGAGAGAAGAGAACGAGGCUGUCGUUUCUCAGAAGUUACAAGAGUUGAAGGAAGAGCUCAAGACAGAAAAAGAGUUGGCUAUGGAGAAAGUGAAAGUAGAAAUGACAGCUGACGAGGAGAAAAUACGAUCAGAAGUUACAGAGUCUUUGCAAAAGAAAAUGGGGGAAGACAAUCAGAAAUUACUGGAAACUAAGGUCGCCAUGUGCAAAAUGGAAUGGUUUGAGGAACAACGAGCCACUAAACAGGCUGCCGUGGAUAAUGCCAUUAAACUGAACACCGCGGAGUGGAAGGCCAAGUUAGAGACCGAGGUGGAAACUCAGGUGGAAGCUAGACUCCAAGAAGCUCAGACAGAGUGGCUUACACAGAGAAAGGAAAUCUUUGAUUCUCAACUGACUCAGGAAAGAGAAAAGUGGAAAAAAUCUUCAGAGAACGAACUUCAACAGAAAGUUGAGGAGGAAAGGGAGAAGUGGAAAAAGACAUUGGAAAAUGAACUUCAGAAGAAUGUAGAGGAAGAGAGAGAAAGGUGGAAGAAGACUGCAGAGAAGGAAUUCCAACAGAAAGUGGAGGACGAGAGAGAAAAGUGGAAAAAGACGGCUGAAAACGAAUUUCUACAGAAAGUGGAGGAAGAAAAAGAAAAGUGGAAAACGACAUUAGAAAAUGAAGUGAAACAGAAAAUAGAGGAAGAGAAAAACACCUGGGAAAAAGAAACAGAGAGAAUUCUGCAGGAGAAAUUGGCAGUAGAAAGAGAAACACUGAGAGGGGAACUGGAGAAAGAGAACCAGAUUAAAGUAUCUGACAGAAGAGAUUUGUGGGAAAAAGAGUCUCAAGAAAAGCUAGAGAGGGAAAAGUCAGUGUGGGAGAAACAAGCGGAAGAAAGACUAAUGUCAGAAAAGCGUGCCUGGGAGAAAACUGCAACGGAGAAGCUGACCUCAGAAAAGGAUGCGUGGGACAGGGAUGUGGAAGAGAGGUUCCGAGAGGAGCGGGCAGAAUGGGGGAAAGUGUCAGAAGUGGAAAUACAGCGCAAGGUGACGGAAGCCAUAGAAAAAUGCCAGAGAGAGACGGAGAAGGAAAUGAGGCGGGCUGUAGAGAAGGAAAGGUCAAAGGUCACUGCCAAGACUGAGCUGGACAAGGAAUUGAAGAAAGAGAAGGAAAAAUGGCAGAGGAAGUGGGAGGUGGAAUUACAGGAGAGGAUUCAAAAGGAGCGUAAGGACUGGGAGGAAAAGACGGAAAUCGACAUUCUACAGAGAAUCCAGACAGAGAAGCAAAAUUGGAAUGAUGCCAAGGACAAGGAGAUUGAAGAAAAAGUUGAGAAAGAGCAGAAGAACUGGGAGCAGAGCUUAGAAUUGCAGACCCAGGAGAGGAUCGAAACAGAAGUGGAGGGGCGGAUAUCACAGGAAAAGACCCAAUGGAAGGCAGCAGCAGACAGGAAGAUGACAGAGGAAAUUCAGGCAGCCUUGGAGCAGGCUCGCAGAGAAUGGGAGGACAGUCACGAGGAGAAUGUGCAGAAAAUUCGAGAUGGCAUGGAGGAAUCGAUACAAGAGCGUGUAGCUGCUGAAGUGUCAUUGGCCGUGGACGAGUCCAAACGACUGUGGCAAAAAGAACAUGAUGCGGAGAUGUUGGCAAAUAAUUCGUCUUUUGAGAUCUCCCAAAGUGUUCUGAAAGAAGAGAUUGAGACCCUAAAGAAGGACCUAGAGUCGCUGACAAUACAACUGAAAUCACGAGAGGAGAAAUUCCGGAGGGAGAAGUCCGAGUUGAUUCGACAGAAGGAUGUGGAGAGGAAACGAGCCGUGGAAGAGGUACAGGAUCAGUGUGAAAAAGAUUACCAGCAGUUCACAUCCGACCACCACGACACUUUGACACUAGCACUGAAAACCGCACGCGAUCAGCACAAUAAAGAAAAGAUGGAGCUAGAAAGGAGGCAUGCUGAAGAGAUCAAAAAGCACCAGUUUAAAGAGAACCAGAUGAAGGAAGCUUUUAAAACUGCCACCUCCGACAAGACCACAGGCCAUCCUUCUGAGGAAGACGAAAAAUACCAAAGAGAGAGAGAAUUGUGGGAGAAGGAGAACUAUCGACUGAAACAGGAAGUGAUGGAACGUGAUGACCUACUGGAGAAAGCCGAUCGUCAUUUGGCACAGGAAGUAGAUCGCCUACGCUCAGAACUGGAAAUAGCUUAUCAGAAUCGACUAGACGCUGAAAAAUUGAAUUUAAAGAGAGAAUUCAAGGAAGGACAUCAGUCUGAUGAGUCAGAUCGCGCUAAACUGGAAGCUAAAUUAAUGGAUCUCAAGCACGAGAAAGAGAGAUUCCGAACGGAGUUAAGUAAAGUCACGGAAGAAAACAAAAAAGUGAUUGACGAGAUCCACAAGGUCACGGACGAAAGUUACAAGGUCAAAUGUCAGGUACAUAGACUUGGGGAGGAGAACCAGAGAUUAAAAGAGGAAUUGAAAUCCACGAAGGAGCAGGGAUUCGACGAGAGUAGACGGUAUGUGAAGGAGAUUCAGGAACUCAGGGGGAAACUGGAUAACCAGGAACAAGGGGUUGAAGUUCAAAAACUCAAGGCCGAGUGUGAGAAACUGAGGUCAGAGAAUGACGGGAUUUCCACGAUUCGGUUGGAAUCUGAGAGAUUAAAAACCAAGUGGCAAGAGAUUCUGAGUGAAAAAUCUGAUCUGGAGACGAAGUUCUCCAGGCUGGAGUCGAGACUUCAGCAGAGUGAAAACGAGAAACAGGAAAUGGUGGAGAAUUAUGGGAUACUUAAGUCGCAGCUGGAUAAAGUGGCCUCAGAGAAGGUUUUGUUCUCGGAAAAUAUUAAAAAUCUGGAGAUGGCUUACAAAAAAGAUCUUGCUCAGCAGAAACAGAAACAGGACGAAAGUCAGGCCCGCCUAGCUCGCUCGGAGAAAAUGCUGUAUGACAUCAAACACUAUUACAAAAACGAGAUCGAUAAGGUGAAGAAGUCCUUAGAGAAGGACAACACCAUUGCCAUGGAGUCCAUGAAGAACAAAAUGAGAGAAAUGGCCAAGGCCCACAACUCCGCGAUGUCCUCCCUGACGCGUCAGUAUAAGGAGGAAAUCAGCGAGAUGAAGGGGCACUCAACAGAAAAGUCGUGCAGUGACACGGAAGUGCAGACUGACUCUGAGGACCUGAGUGAUGACAGCAUGUUUGAAUUGAGGGACCAAUACUUGGACACGGUCAACAAGAUCAAAGAUGAUGUCAUGAAACAUAUCACGGAUACAAACAUGCGAGCAGCAGAAACCGUCCGACAAGAAAUGCAGAAAGAGCGUAACACAACAUUGGCUCAACUCAAAAAGAUUUACAUGGAGAAUGUCCGCAAAGUGCUGCACAACGAAAUCAUCGGCGCGAAUAUCGAGGCCAAGCUAGCAGAUAUAGAAGAGGCUCUGGAUGCGAUUUCUUUUGAUAAAAGCUCAAGGUCAAGUUCAAGGUCAACAACACCAAGGAGUGAUAUAUCAGCACCCAUUGCUGGGCAAGGACAUUUAGAAUCUAAAACAGAAUAUGGGGUCAAAGUUCAAGGCCACAGAGAUAUGAACCCUGGGUUAGGGAAAUCCAUGUCUGAUUACAGACAAAGUGACUAUCACACCAAACACAAUGGCUACUCGGUGUCAAAAUCUUACCAAGAUAUCCGAGUAGCCCCAAUAUCAAGGUCAAAUGAUUACAUGUCAAUGGCAAGGUCACAGGAUUAUUCAAGUGAAAAGUCACGGCCAAGGUCAGCAGGUGACGGUUCUGCCAGGAAGACAGAGACGGACCUCGGAAACAGGGCUUCAUACAAAAUGAACAGCGACUUGCAUUUGGAGAUCACUGCGAAUGGGUCACCAUCUAGCCAUGUUUAUCAAAGCUUUCCACAGCAAAGAAGCUUAAAGCAACCUGCCGAGAGGCUGGAGAGUCGUUACCCAAGGGAGAGAAAUCGGUCAAGUCGCGUUCCACGGGAUCGAUCAAUCAGCAAGGAAGUCACGUUCAGCAAAGAUUGUAAGAGAUCGUCCCCAGAGAGAAUGGAAUACGGCAGACUGCAUGCAAAUAUCACCACUCGAAAGCUCUCUCCCCGUGAUCAUUCAACUUCCAAUGAAAAUUCUGACCAGGAGUACAACAGCCCUCGAACAUUUAAACUGGGGCAGUUCAAUGGUGUUGACUUACUCCCCAGUAAGUAUGUGGUUCCAUCGUUGCGCGAUCAGAAUUCAAACAAAUUCGAAGCAGUGGACCCUCACCCUGUAGAAAGAAAAUCGAAACUUCAACAGGAAGAUGUCAUCAGCCCCGUGUCACCUCUAAACCACAGCGCCCUCUAUAAAGCCAAGUCAGAAUCGGAACUCAGCAUGGAGCAGAAGAACAGCUCUCUGGGCGGAAGCUACAAGUACCUGCCACUACGAGAGGCCCUGGGUAAACCUAGUGACCGCACAGACUCCCCGAAAGGCAGCAGUGUGUCUCAGGAGGAUCUUAGAUUUUCAAGCAUGCAGGCAAUGAGUUUUGAUGGUAAGAAAGCAUACAGUGUUGAUGUAGGUCUACAGAGUUUGGGUCUCGACCACCACUCCCCAAGAAAAUAUAACCCCUCCCCAGAGAAACUGACCCCUCAAAGAGAUGCAGGGGAAUCCCCUAUUGGCACUCCCAGAAUGCAUAGGAAGAAUUACGCUCUUGAUAAAGAUGGGUAUGGUGACAUUGACCAUGCACGGAAAAAUCUCGUUCAGGGUUUCAGUACCGACAGCUGGACAGAAGUGCUACUUCGGACGAAAGAACCGGUGAAGACACUCGUCCAGAAGUUCGAGCCCAAGAGCCAGUGACUAUGGAAGUUUUUCGUGUGAAUUAUUUUUGAAACAAUUAAUAUACACAUCCUUCCAAAUUUGCCAUGUUCAUGGAAUUGAUGAGACAAAUCUGCUGUUUUAAUCAUUUAUACUUCAUUUCUGAUGCGUGGGGAAAAAAUUGGCCUUCAUGAUUUGAGUUUAGAAAGACGAGAAAUAAAGUGUCCAAUUUAUCGUGAGAGAAACUUCCCGAGUUUUCUGCCCUGUACCUUGUGAUAAAAGGAAACAUUGAAACGCACGUACAAUGGAGGAAACAAUAUUAUGCGCCAUUUACAUGAUUGCCCACACACUUAAACGGGUAGCUGUGAACACAUCCACACCAGUCUUUGAUCUGUGAUAACAUGCCUGCUCCGUCCUAUGUUGCACUACUAUCAGUAGUAAUAUUGUAUAGAUAUUGUACAUUGAGAGAGACGGUUUGUUUUCUGUAUUUUGAUUCAGUCUGAUAUGUCGCGUCGUAUCGUGACCUGAAUACAUUUUUUUCAUUGUUUUAGGUUUGCAUUGCCUGUAAUUAUUCGACAGUUCGCCAUUAAUUUUUGUUGUAUUUAAAUGAAUUCAUGUGCAGACAAUGUCAGAUAGUUUUUAAUUUUGUUCACCAUGAUUUCAUUUUGAAUUUGAAACCAAACUGAUUGUGAUUACAUGUUCCAAACAAUUGCAGUAUUCAUUAACAACUCACACCAAUUCGACAUCUAAUGUACACAAAUUCUUACUAGCACGUCCUGGUUCACCAAUCACUGUCAAAGUUUGUCAUCGUCUCAAGCCACUGUCCACACGACCGGUUAAUUAACAUAGAAGUGACAUUUAACAAGUGAAAAAGGAGAGGUGGAUCGUGUAUUUUUGUCUGUGGUUUGUGACGAUGUAAGUUUGCCGUAUUUAUUUACUAAACAGAUUUUGUUAUUUUUAAAUUUAUUUUUUUUUUGUAGAGUUUUGAUGGCCAAGGUAACAAUGUAGUCUUUAUACUGAGAGCUUACAUUUUUUUCUAGCGACUUCCUUUCGUGUUUUUUUUUUAAUGUUAAAUUAUUGGUGGCAUGGUGCUUACAAAGAAUUGUUUAUAAUCAAGUUGUAGCAGAAAAGUCAGGCCAUUCCUUCUGUAAUACUAAUGCAUCAAAUCAAGUAGACAAGGCUCAAUUUUGUAAUCAAAAAUUUUCAUUUUUUUUAAAAUUAUUAUUAUUAUUUUUAAUUAUCUUGAUAGAGAGUCAUCUGUGUGUUUCUGCUUUUAACCCUCUCCAGUUCCACAGCUGGAGAAGUAAAUGUAUAAUGAUUCUAUGUCUUAAAUUUCUUUAUCUGUGGAUUUAUAUUUUCUUAUAUUGAACUUAAUUUAUCUAUUUUCCUCACAUAAUUAAUCUUUUUUUUUUAAAUAAUAAACUAUUUAACAUUUCCCGUACGGUUUUCUCACUAAUGAAUAAUCACAAAACUCUGUAUACACAAGUUAACUCCCUUGUUCUCACGUUACUAAUAUUUCUUGUACUUUCGCUUUCUCUUUGUGUCUCACUAACACUCCUAACAAGCGAUAUUCAGUAACUGAAUGGGGGUCAAAAUUAGAAUCAAAUGAAAAUAUCAAAUUAUUGUCUUCAGAAAUUGUUUUUAAUAUUGUUAAUUUCAGAAAAGAUGACACAUUCUUGUACAUUCAAAUUGUGCCAAAAAUGUGCUAUAAGAGAACCUAUAUUUUUGUAUCUAAUGUAACUUUUUGAUAUUUCAUUUGAAAUCGGGCAUUUAGUUUUUAUUUAUUGUAUGAGUGUAAGGUUACAUUAAUCCAGUGUUGGAUACUUCCUACCAGUCAGUCACGACAACGACAAAAUGACCAUUCAAAAUGAGCUGUCCAUGAACUGACCAUUCAAAAUGAGCUGUCCGUGAAACUGGCCAGUGUGGGUUUCCACGUGUCAAUGGCAUUUAUUUUCAUAAUGUACUUGUACACCUAUAUAGAUGAAAUAUGUUUAUGUAUAUUUUGAUGUCAGAUGAUAUGUACAUACCAUUAUAUAUACGUGUAAAUUUUGACUCUAUAGUUUAAUUUAUUGUCAUUGGAAUUUGAUCUGUGUAGACAGACCAAACGAGAAAUAAAGGUGUAAACGAC